AUGCAAGAAAAGCCGACCACAGUGGCCGCGUACGCGGCAGGCGCCUCGCUCGCCGCAGUGGCGCUGUUCUAUGUCUUCGGUCCGAACUACACCAUCGAUGGAGAUGAGUCCAAUGACAGUAAUCGCAAGAAGAGCAUCGUGGGUCUGUCCAAUCUAGCCAAUGACUGCUUCAUCAACUCGGUGCUGCAAGCCCUGGCUGGCCUGGGCGACCUGCGAGUCUACCUGAUUCGCGAGCUGCAUCGGCGCGAGCUCGACGGGCCAGAGGUCUACAACUCGGUCCCAAGCCAGGAGCUAUCCCGCGUAGAGCGACCAGAUAAGCUGCGGGAGCUGCAGCAGGGGCUAAUUACACGUGCAUUGAAGGAAAUGCUGGAUAGCUUGAAUGAGCGACCAAUUUACAAAAAGACCAUCUCGGCGCGGGGGUUCAUCCAGGCCCUGGAAUUCGCGUUCCGCACGCGCAUCAGCCGCAACCAACAAGAUGCGCAGGAAUUCCUCCAGAUUGUAUUGGAGCGGCUGUGCGAUGAGUACCAUGCAGGAGUUCAAGCCAGGCAGCGCACCCUCGGCCCCAUUGGCGCGUCUGCUGGUUCAGGCGCGAUCGAAACCGUGUCUGACGCCAGUGCAGAUGAGAUUCCCUCCGAAGUGGAAGUGCGGAUUGAUGACGGCUCCGCCAAUGGACUACCCGCCAUUAUCGAUACAAAGCUCAAGGAGAUCGAUACCGAAGCCGGGUUUCCGUUCGAGGGCAUGCUGGAAUCGCAGAUUGUCUGCCAGUUUUGUCAAUACGAGUAUAAGCCGAGUCGAACGGCGUUUGUCAACCUCACUCUCCAGGUGCCACAGAAGAGUUCCGCCACCCUCAAUUCGUGUUUCGACGGUCUUCUGAAAACCGAAUAUAUUGAGGACUUCCGGUGCGACCGGUGUCGUCUGCAACACGCGAUUGAGGCCAAAAUGCAGGAACGGGCUCGCACGCGCUCCCCGAGUGACCAGAAGCGAUUGGAUCAUGAAAUCGCUCGCAUCCGCGUGGCCUUUGAUACCGACCCAGAGAGUGACCUAGCUGGAAUCGAGAUGCCUCGAUCGGAGCUGGCGCCUAAACGACGGAUUGCUCGGCAUAUGCGUAUCGUGUCUUUCCCCAAGGUCAUCGCUAUCCACCUGUCGCGGUCUAUCUUCGACCGCAGCAGUUCCACCAAGAAUGCGGCCAAGGUCUCUUUCCCAGAGCGAUUGCCCCUGGGAGGCAUCUUGAGCCAGACCUGGUACAAGCUCCUCGCGAUUGUCUGCCAUAAGGGUAGCCACCACAGCGGUCACUAUGAGUCCUUUCGGCGCAAUCACCUGUAUGCUCCCUUCUCGACCCCCGAUGUCUUCAGCUCGUACGCGCAAAGCCGCGUGGCCAGCGAGAACCCAUCUGCAGCCCCCAGUCCCCGAUUGGCACCGCGCAGCAGUCCCGAUGCCGACCUGGGAGGCGGCAGUCGCAGCCUGUCAACGGCGACCUCGUCCACCCACUCCCGAUCCUCCACUCCUUAUCAGCUUUCAGGCUCGGACAGCAACAGCCCGACUCCCGAGCAAGGGCGAUUCAGCACCUCGUCAGGUCCGCGCCCCUCCCGGUCCAUCCCUCGCACCUCUGGUGAGGGCUCGUCGGGGGUCAGCUCGCGACUGCGGCGGCGGCGCAAGCCGAACGAUCGUUGGUGGCGGAUCUCCGAUGAGAAGGUCAAAGAAUGCAAGACCGCGGACGUGCUGGGCAUGCAGAGAGAGGUGUAUCUGCUAUUUUACGAGAUUGAACGACCCGAGUCGAGCCCUGCGGCGGCGGAGGGUCGUCUCUAA